CCCGCCCCUCUGCAGCCUGUCCUCGCGCCGCUAGGAGACGGGGCAUGCGAGGGCCCAUAAGCUUUCUCUUUCGCCGCGCUUUCGGUGCCAUGGGGGAGGCCGCUUCGUCUGCGAAGCUCAAAAGGCUGCCAAGCCAAGCCGAAGCCCUUCCCGGGAGGAGCCGGAGCCUCUUCCCAAUCCUAGACAAACAUCAUGUGAAUGGAAACACUUUGGUUGAGCCUUUUCCUGAGGGAUUGCAUAUGGCAAUGUUUGGGAUGGGCUGCUUCUGGGGAGCUGAGAGGAAAUUUUGGACACAAAAAGGAGUCUACUCAACUCAAGUUGGUUAUGUGGGUGGAAUCACCCCAAAUCCCACCUAUGAAGAGGUUUGUACAGGGAGGACCGGCCAUACUGAAGUUGUCCGCGUGGUAUUCCAGCCAGAAACCAUCAGCUUUGAGAAACUGCUCAAGGUCUUCUGGGAGAAUCAUGACCCAACACAAGGGAUGCGGCAAGGGAAUGAUGUUGGUACACAGUAUCGCUCCGCCAUCUAUACAUAUUCCCCGCAACAGAUGGAAGCUGCCUUGAGGUCUCGAGAUGAGUACCAAAAGGUGUUGACGGAGAAUGGCUUUGGUCCCAUCACUACUGAGAUCCGCGAGGCUCCAGAGUUCUAUUACGCAGAAGACUAUCACCAGCAAUACCUGAGCAAGAACCCCAAGGGCUAUUGCAGCCUGAGAGGCACCGGCGUCUGCUGCCCUAAUGAUGUGGUCCACUCUUAAUACAAGACGUGAAAGGCAAAGGAAUGCUCUUUUGAUUUGUUCCACAGUUUGAUUUUCAUGGUAAUUGUACCUUCCGCGUAAAUGCCCACCCUGAAAUCAGUGGUACCGCUUUGCUGAAAAAUGAGUUGAUAUGGAGCUGAUUCCUCCCAUAGCGGAGGGGCAAACUACUCCAGGUUUUAGAUCAGAAUUUAGGGGAGCUUUCCAAGGUGCUAGCCUGGCUUGAGAGACCAAGUUCAGCAGCUUUUGUGCUUCCUUCGAGAUUUGAGUUAAAGCCUGGGACACUGCCCCAUUGACAUGCAAGCCAAUUUUGAACUCCCUUUGCACUGUAGCCAUUCAGCAAGGGAAAUCACAUUUUUGAAUGACUUCCCUUUGUCCCUUCAUGCCACUCUACCCCUUUGCGGAAUUCAUCUGCUACAAACAGGUGCAGGAUUCCCUCCAACAUUUCACAAUAUUCAAAUGGCCCCUAGAAAAUCAAGAUGGAAUUUGGUCACGUUAGGAAAAAAAAGUUUGGUUUGAUCCUCUUUUGUUUAUAGUGACGGGACAUUCAAAUGUGCGUCCUCUCCACGUCUUUACAGUGGUACUUUCUGAAUGCGAUUAUCCGCUUUAUGCUGCAUUGCAUAUUAUUUUUAUUUAUUAAUUAUUACUAGAAAUAAUCCCAAUCUAUCCAUAGGCACAAUUAAUUUGGAAGAUUUAUCCAAGCUGCAGAUAUAAACAGGGAACCAAGUUUAUGAGAUGAAGGUGAGAUAACCCAAGAAAUGAGAGCAAAGAAAUCAUUGGAUUCUCUCCCUUCUCCCUGUUUUACUCAGACGAAAACGAGACGAUUAUAAUCCAAGAGAUCUCCAUUAUUUCUGAACCACACGCAUAGGGCUCAUGUGGAAGGAUGAAAGAACUGGAGGUUCUGUUGACCCAAAUGCUGGUUAGAAUUGAUAAGGAAGCUGCGCUCAAAUGUAAUACAAUAAAGGGCUAUACAUUGCAAAUGAACAAAA